GCAUACACUUGGUAAUUGUGAUAAAAAUUUCUAAAUUAUAUUUAUUCUCAAGUCGAAACAUAGACGAAUUACACGGCAAUGGUCAGUCGUGAUGUUGCAACUGUUAUCACCGCCACGACUGGCGUCGUGCAGACAACAACAAUAACGCCAUCUGCAGCAACAACAUUGCAGACAAUAACAAAUGUGUUGACAGUAAGCUCUGUGCAUUCAAACAACGUGAAUAUUUCAAACAAUAUAAAUAGUGGAAACGCUUCGACUGCUACUCCAACUGUUGCUAGCGAUGGACCCACAGCCGAUGCUGAUGCUCCGGCUGCAAAGCCAAUGUAUCCACGGCUGUUCAAUAAAAUUGUGUUGACUUUGGAGAACAGUCUCAUACCGGAGGGAAAAAUUGAUGUCACACCAUCUAGCCAGGAUGGACUUGAUUACGAAACCGAAAAGGAUUUGCGUAUUCUUGGCUGUGAGCUUAUACAAACGGCGGGUAUAUUGCUGCGUCUGCCCCAAGUGGCGAUGGCUACUGGCCAGGUGCUCUUUCAGCGAUUUUUCUACUCCAAGAGCUUUGUGCGUCACAAUAUGGAGACUGUGGCCAUGAGUUGUAUCUGCCUGGCCUCCAAAAUAGAGGAAGCGCCGCGUCGUAUACGGGAUGUGAUAAAUGUUUUCCAUCAUAUCAAGCAAGUUCGCGCUCAAAAAGAAAUAACGCCCAUGGUGCUGGACCAAUACUAUACUAAUCUUAAGACGCAAGUCAUCAAGGCCGAGCGACGCGUGCUUAAGGAGCUUGGCUUUUGUGUGCAUGUGAAGCAUCCACAUAAGCUGAUUGUCAUGUACCUUCAAGUGCUGCAGUACGAGAAGCACGAACAGCUAAUGCAAAUGUCCUGGAACUUUAUGAAUGACUCGCUGCGUACGGAUGUCUUUAUGCGCUACACACCUGAGGCCAUAGCCUGUGCCUGCAUUUAUCUAAGCGCACGAAAGCUGAAUAUACCGCUGCCGCAUAGUCCGCCAUGGUUUGGCGUAUUCCUUGUCCCUAUGGCGGACAUAACUGACAUUUGUUAUCGCGUAAUGGAGCUGUAUACACGUGCCAAGCCAGUUGUCGAGAAGCUGGAGGCAGCUGUAGAGGAGCUUAAGAAACGCUACAUCGAAGCACGCAAUCAAACUAAGGAGGCAAAUACGCCGCCCGCGCCUAUAACCGUAGCGCGAAACAAUGGUUCACACAAUGCCUGGGGUGGCUUCAUACAACGAGCCGUGCCACUGCCAACGGAAAAGUCUCCCAAAAAGGAUUCACAUUCGCGCUCACGCUCUCGUACACGCACCCAAUCGCGAACCCCACGUUCACGGUCACGUUCUCGCAGCCGCAGCCCAAGUCGCGAGCGCUCCAAAAAAUCGCAUCGCGAUCGUGAUAGAGAACGCGAUAGGGAACGUGAUCGCGAGCGCGACAGAAGUCGCUCAUCCAGAUCACGUUCACGCUCAGUGCCUAAACAUAAGAAGAAAUCACGACACUAUUCGCGCUCCCCCUCACAAUCUAGCUCGCCACACAGCAAGCAUCGCAAAAGGAAAUCCUCGCGAGAGCGCACUGAUUACUAUGUGAAGAAGGAGAGAUCGAGUAACACGGGGAACAACAAUAUUAAUGAUAGUGACAAAUAUCGAAACUCAGGAAAUAACUCUGGAAAAUCCCAUAAUCGCUAUUCAUCGCAUCGCAGCAGUGGUGGAGGAGGAGGAGCUGCAGGAAGUGGUAGUAACGGUGGCGGUGGUGGUGUUGGUGGUGGCCAUAUCAGCCGUGGCGGUCACAAGCAUCGCGAUAGCGAUCGUUCCAGAGAUCGGAAGCGUUAGCUUCAAUUUUUGAAAUUUUUACAAUUGUCAUUUAGUUGAUUGUUAACUCAUUUCGCUUGAUACUUGCAAAUUAUAAAUUAAACUGUCUUUUGUAAAGUA